AUGCGAGUGGUGAAGGAGUGGCGAACCUUGUUCGUGGGCGCGAACAACUCGGCGUUCGUGUUCGAUCUCGAUCGAACUCUAGAAUCCUCGACGGCUACGAAGAUAGACUGGAUGCCGGACUCGGUCGCCAAAAAGAAGUGCAGAUUGAAAGGGAAGGAAGAACACGACUGCCAAACCUACGUGAAAAUCGUAACUCCGGAUUUAACGAACGGUCGAGUGUUGAUCUGCGGAACCAACGCUCCGAAACCGAAGUGCAUUCAUGUAACGUCCGUCUUCGCGGAGGGUAGCCUGUACGCCGGGACGGUAGCCGAUUUCAACGGCAGGGAUUCCGCACUGACGAGGUCGAUGGGCAACGCCGUUCCUCUCAUAACCAAGAGGCACGAUUCGUUGUGGCUGAAUCACCCGAAAUUCGUCGGUUCGUUUGUAGACGGAAGAGAAGUGUUUUUCCUCUUCCGAGAAGUUUCCGUAGAAAACUGCGAGAAGAUUUACCGUUCGCGAAUCGCCCGCGUUUGCACCGACGACAAGGGAGGCAGAACGAUACUGGACUCCAGCUGGACGACUUUUCUGAAGGCGCGACUCGACUGUUCGUUCCGAGGGGAAUUUCCGUUUCGCUUCAACUACCUGCAGGACGUCGUGCGGACCGUCCGCGGGGGAAAGGUCUUCUACUACGCAGUUUUCACGACGGGGGAACACGAAAUAUCCGCCUCGGCCAUCUGCCGUUUCGGCCUCGACGACAUAAGGGACAACUUCGAAAGAGGUCCGUUCUUGCGACCGACGGCGCCUUGGGGACGCAUCCCGGACGAGGACGUUCCGGACAACAGACCGGGCGAUUGUUCGGUCGACUCGACUCUACUCUCAUACGAAGAUCUAAACUUCGUGAAAUCGCACCCGUCGCUGUACGAACCGGUCGGAAGUGGGGACCCGCUCUUUACGCUCGUUCGACAAAACUACAGGUUGAAGACGUUGACCGUGACUGAGACCG